AUGCUGCAGUUGCUCGCUCUCCGGAGUCCAUCAAAAUGCUCGAUAUCGAAUCACAAUCGGUUUGGGCCCAUCGCGGACGACGACUGCUACAGUGGGCUUGACUUUACUUUGUUCUUCGAAGAAGCAUUUAUGUGCAUCGCCCCGGCUUCAAUUGGCAUCACAUGGAUCAUCGCUUGCAUUUGGCACUUAAGGGGACAAGCAGUCAUGGUGGCACGAGGAUGGCUAUACUGGGCUAAGCUUGCUUUUUACGUUGCACAACUGUUCCUUCAAGUUGCUUCUCUUGCCCUAUAUACAUCCAGUCCGCGGACUGACCUCAGCAUCCCCUCGGCCAUUCUAUCCAUUCUGACUACUGCCAUCUUCAUGUAUGGCUCUUACAUUGCGCAUCGGCGUUCUAUACGGCCAUCGACAGUUCUAGUUCUAUACCCUGUUGGUACACUUCUAUUUGAAGCUGUCCACGUGCGGACAUUGUACUCGAUCAAAGAUCUCCAGGGAGUAGCUGUCACUCUUCUCGCGCAUCUCGGGACAAAGUCCGCUUUGACAGUGCUUGAGUCCUGGCACAAAGUGAGUCUGGCAUAUUCCAGGGACACGGCUUAUACUCCAGAACAAAUCGAAGGACCAUUAGGGCGCACAUGUUUCGCCUGGCUCAUCAAACUCUUCAUACUUGGUUUAGGGAAGAGACUCACUGUCGAUGAUUUGUUCCCAACGGAGCCCAGCAUGUGUCCUCCCAUUGAGAAGAACUCUCUUGCCUCUCUGUGGGCCCAAAGCGAAAAGAAGCCCAACACGUUGGUCUACAUGGUUAUCCGGGCCUUCUGGUCAGAAAUACUAUCAUGUGUUGCACCGCGAAUGGCCUACAUCGGAUUCGUGAUAGCACAGCCGUACCUCAUCCGGCGUGCCGUGACAUUGUUCGCUCUUCCUAAUGGGGAAAAUGCCCAUGAUCGCGGUGUCCUUUUAAUUGCAGCCUUUGCGCUUGUUUAUGGCGGAAUGGGGAUUUCACUGUCGAUUUCGAAACAUAAAGCGGCCCGUCUGAUUGCUAUGAUCCGCGGCAGUCUGACCAGCAUGAUAUAUGAUCAAACUCUCUUUUUGCAGAGCUCACACGGCCGCGAUGAGGUCGUCACUGCUAUCAGCACAGACAUGGACCGAAUGGCGCUGGGUCUCGGCACGUAUUAUGAGUGCUGGGCGGCGCCGAUUGAAUUGGGCCUCUUCUUUUGGCUCCUAUACCGAGAACUUUAUGAAAGCAGCUUAGCUGCAAUGCUUCUCUCCCUUGGGGCAAUCGUUGGCGUGGUUCUGUUGGCCCCUUAUGCCGUCCGCGCGCAAACCGCCUGGAUUGACACAAUCCAGCGGCGACUUGUCGUUACUGUAGAUCUAAUCAAUGGAGUCAAGGGGGUCAAGAUGUCCGGACUUGUCGACAGGCUUUACACGAUAUUGACAGCCCUCCGUCUUGAGGAAAUAUCCGCAUCCAAGAGGUACCGCUCCAUUGUGACAGGAGUAUAUAUAUUAGCGAGCAUCCAUUCGAUACUCACGCCCACAGUGUCGUUUUCCGUAUACGCUUUCGUCUCACGGUCAGAACAUGGCGCGAUUGGGACUCUAGAUAGCGCACGCGCAUUUACCUGCUUGGCACUGCUUGAACUCAUGGGCGAAGCACUCAUGUCGUUGCUCCAGGCUAUUUCGAAUGUCUCAUCCGCGGUCGGGUGCAUCAACCAUAUUCAAGAGGUUUUGAGCCAGAGCCAGCACGUAGAUAGCCGGACACACAAAGCGGAUGCAUUGCUUCAUGCCCGUGCUUCUCAACAGAUGCAGCCCUGUCUUGUGGCUACCAAUGUCUCUGCGGGAUGGGAGGGUCCCGUCAUCAGAAACAUAUCCUUCGACAUUCCAUUCGAGGCUUUGACAAUGCUCGUUGGUCCUGUUGGAUGCGGGAAGUCUACGCUUCUGAAGGCCAUUAUUGGAGAAACGCCAUACAAUUCUGGAGAUGUUCACAUUUACGCACCCAGUAUUGCAUAUUGUAGCCAGACCCCGUGGCUGGUUAACGGGACCAUCAGGGAUAAUGUGCUUGGAGCAAGCCCGUAUCAGGAAGACUGGUAUAGGAUGGUCAUUAGAGCAUGCGGUCUUGAGGCAGACAUUGCAGGUUUAACCAAGGGACAUGAUACCCUGGUUGGAACAAGAGGGGCGUCUCUUAGCGGAGGGCAGAAGCAACGAGUCGCCUUAGCGCGUGCUGUUUACUCCAAGCAUACGCUUGUCAUUCUCGACGAUGUUCUCAGUGGCGCAGACGCCAUUACUGAGGAAUACAUUUUCGAACAACUGCUGGGUCCUCAGGGGUUGCUUCGGAAAUUUGGCACGGCGGUUUUGAUGGUGACUAGCUCGUCUCAUAGACUCCAGCAGGCAGACGUCGUUAUUCGCUUGGGAGCGGACGGAUCGCUUGCAUCCUUGUUCCACAACAGGUCUCCAGAAUGCUCUGCGGACCCAUUCCAGGAGCAGGCGUUCAAAGCUAAGCCCCGAAUUGCUAUUACACAUAUGGAUAACGAAUCAAACUACUCCCUUCCCAUGUCCAAUGAGGUUUCGAAGGCAGAGGAGUCGAGGGGUGCUCUUGAUGCUAGUGAUCUGGCAACUUACACAUACUACUUUAGUGCCGGCCCCUGGCUCGGAUGGCUAGGAUUUCUUGCAGUGUUGUCUGCUGGAGUUGCCACAAAAGUAUUCCAAUCCACAUGGGUCAAGUGGUGGGCCCAUGACAAUGACGUUGAACCAAAUCGCAACAUAAACAUGAGAGUCGCGGUUGAUUGCAGUCUUGCUGUAAUAUAUGCGGCAAUGUUCUUGAUUUCCCAAUGGAUCAUGAUCCAUGCUGUUACAGCAAAGACAAUGGUUACUCUGCACCGAAAAUUGGUCAGAGCAGUUAUCAGGGCACCGAUGGCCUUCUUUGCAGCGACUGAUUCUGGGGAUAUCAUCAAUCGAUUUAAAAAUGACCUGGAGCUGAUUGAUUUCGAGUUACCUCUGUUAGUCUUUUUGACACUUGCCAACGCCUUACAAUGCAUCGGUGCAUCUAUAGUCGUCAUAGUCAAUGUGCACUACAUGGCAGCUAUCGUUCCCGCGGCAGCCAUUGUCAUAUGGGCCGUUGAAACCUUCUACCUUCGAACGUCUAGAAGGCUCCGGAUUCUUGAUAUUGAAACCAAGGCACCUAUUCUGAAGCACACCAUCGAAACAAUCGAAGGCCUUGCGACUGUACGCGCGUUUGGCUGGCAAGACCAAUGCAAGGUCACAGCGCACGCCCACCUCGAGCUCUCCCAAAGGCCAUUUUACCUGCUGAUGGUGGCACAGGUCUGGCUUGGGCUCGCGUUGGAUUUUGUGAUGAUGGGCGUCGCUGUUAUGCUCAUGGCCAUCGGGGUAGCCAAGCUUGGUGAUGUCUCCGCUGGGGAAAUGGGCCUCGCUCUAACCAGCACGAUAAGUAUUGGAAUAUGGAUGAAGACUUUGGUCAAGUUCUGGAUGAACCUUGAAACUUCACUGGGCGCUGUAACUCGCCUCAAGGCCUUUGAGCAGGGACUACAUGCGGAAGACCAGCCAGGCGAACGCAGAAUCAUGCCUGUAGGUUGGCCUUUGCAGGGCAAUAUCCAGUUCAAAGGAGUGUCUGCGUCUUAUGGUGAUCCCUUCAGUCCGUUGCUGAAAGAUGUCUCCUUUACCGCUUGGCAAGGCCAGAAAGUCGCCAUCUGUGGUCGAACAGGCAGUGGGAAGAGCACUCUUGUGGCGGCACUAUUCAACAUGAUAGAGUUAUUGGACGGCCAGAUUAUUGUUGACGGUAUCGAUAUAUCGACCAUCUCUCGACAGAACUUGCGAGCCUGUUUGAGCGGACUACCCCAGGAUUCUUUCCUAUUAAACGGAUGGACUGUCCGUGAGAAUAUGGAUUUCUUCUCGGCCAGUUCCGACCAGAAAAUGAUUGACGCGCUCACAGCUGUAGGCUUAUGGGGCACCAUUGAAAACAAGUACGGUCUAGACACGUUGGUAACCGAUGGCAUCUUCUCGCAUGGUCAAAGACAACUGCUUUGCUUUGCACGAGCCAUUGUUCGUCAUGGCAACAUUCUUGUCUUGGACGAAGCGACAAGCAGCGUGGAUGCAACAACCGAAACCCUGAUGCAAACACUUAUUCGAUCGCAUUUCCACCAGCACACGAUUCUGGCCGUGACACAUCGGCCUUCAACUGUUUUGGAUUUCGACCUUGUGCUUGUGCUUGAGAAUGGCGAAAUUGUGGAAAGCGGGCAUCCGCAGGAGCUUUUGAAGAGGGCUGGCUGGUUUUUCGAUCUUUACAACAGUUCGGAGAGCUGA